CACCCGUACCAUCACUGGAUUUUAUACAGCAGCAGCAGCGGCGGCGGCGGAUAUCACACGUUUGAAAUUUUUUUCCACCGUCCUCACUCCUCACUACCGACGCCCCCACCGACGACGACUCACCGCUCAGCCGAUUACUGUGACUACAGCCGCCGCCGAUAGAAACCACCGUAGUGCGCAUUCGGUCACACACACACAAAAUACAGUACACCGACAUCGUUCGGACGGUGCGGGGAAGGAGGCGGUGAUAUUAAUCAGAGAGUAUUAAUUUAGUUUUGUUGUUUUUUUUCCCCAUUCCGUUUUGUUUUUGUUUACUCGGCCGGCGACGGAUGAAAUCAAACCGCGUCUAAACGAUAACGUCGCGCGUGCAGACAGUCACUAGUUGGUCGUUUUUGAUCAGACAUUGUCCGAAGCAAGACGUCGAUCCGCCGGGUUUUCCCGUUCGACUGUUUCGCCGAGAUACCAGCCAGUCAGUCAGUGUUUCGUUUCCGUCGAUCGUCAUGCUACCUUCUGUGCCGUGCUGGUCUGGUUAUCUGUUGUCUCCGUCGACCGUCAUCUGCGAGAUUACCUAUAUUGUAUAACAUAUAAAUACAAGUUAAAUUAACAAUAUUAAAUUGGCCUAUGAUAUCGAAAAUUGAGAAUUAUUUAACUAAUAUGAAAACAAACAGAACAAAAUGACUUCAAGUGAUUUGGCUCAAAAACCAUUUUAUUGCCGCGAAUGGGUAUUCCAAAAAUUAUUACAUUGCUUUGAUCAAAGAAGCAAUUGGAAAACAUGUGGAGCACUUCUAGUCGGAGGUGCUGGAUGUGGAAAAACUUCACUGUGCUGCGAAAUUGUUCAUCCGUCCGGCAGACAACAACGUGCAUUAAACAGAAGACUAUUAGCUUAUCAUUUUUGUCAAGCUCAAAAUAUAAACACAUUAUCAGUUACACAUUUUAUUCAAAGUUUGGUUUCGCAGUUAUCUGAUUCAUUGCCCAAAUCAUACAAAGAAAGAUUAAAAUCUGAUCUAGCAAUACAAGAAUCUUUAUCCCCAAUCAAUAUAGUAAAAGAUGCUGAUGAUGCAUUUAAAAAAGCUGUUAUUUUUCCACUAAAUGAUCUUGAAUUACCAAAACAUACAAUGUUUCUUUUAGUUGACUCAGUUGAUGAAGGAUUAUGUACAAAUGAUAGAUCUGAUCCAAAGUUUAAGAAUAAUUCAAGUAAAACCAUUACAGAGUUAUUAGCUACACAUCAUCAUUUAUUUCCCCAAUGGUUGAUGCUUAUUUGUACAACACGUAGACAAAAUAAAAAUGUUGCUCGUAUGUUCUCUGGUUUUCGUAAAAUUUGCAUAGAUGAUCUCCGUAAAUCACAAGUUGUCAGAGAUAUACAACAGUACAUAUUGAGCCGUUUGGAAUCAGAAGAAUCUUUACGCCAACACAUGAGUAGAGAUACAGCUGAAAUGUUAAAUCAAUUGCACAUAAAAAGUAAUGGUUGUUUUCUUUAUUUGGAAAGGGUAUUAGAUGGAAUAUCUGACGGAUGUGUAGUCUUGAGGGAAAUAAAAGAUAUUCCUGGAACUCUAAAUGGAUUGUAUUUAUGGUUUUGUCAGAGGCUUUUGAAUUCAAAACAUUUUUCAAAAGUGCGACCUUUGUUAAAUGUUAUCUUGGCAUCUCCAGAACCUUUAUCAGAAGAACAAUUAAGUAGUAUUAUACAUUCUGUAUAUCAAUACAUGUCUAUUGAAGAAUUCCACAAACGAUUUAGCUUAUUAAGAAGAAUAUUUUCAUUACCUAGAGAUUCUAAGAUAAUACAAUUUCAUCACAGUUUUGGAGAAUGGUUCCUAGAUGUCAAACAUUGCACUAGAAGGUUUUUGUGCUCUGCAAAUGAAGGACAUGCUAUGAUUGCUUUUCAUUAUACACUUAGAUGUUCAAAACCCCCUGCAUAUGAUGAAGUUCAUAAAUUAGCCUACCAUUUAUCAAGAGUAAAUCCAUUACCGGUCUGGACAAAUUUUUCUGACACAAAUUUAUUGCCAUUACUAUGGUUGAUUGAUAGUGGAGCACAAAUUGCCGAUAGUAUGACAAUUCCUUGUUAUGAUAGAAAAGCUGUUAAUUUUUUGGAAGGAGCUAGUAAUUGUUUUAAAUCAGAUGUUGAUAUAAAAUCUAACAAGUUUGAAACAAAUUCUGGAUUAGUGUCAUCGCCAAAAUAUGAAAAAAAUUCAGUACUUUAUUCAAAUACCUUAUUAUCUUCAAAUUUAUAUGAAGUAGAUAUCAAUGGCAGGAAUACUUUGCAUUUGCUUGCAAUGGAUGGAAAUUUAAGUGUUCUUCAGGAUUUAUUAAAAACUCACUCAGAUAUAAAUUUAGAAGUAAAUGACAAUAAUGGACAAACACCACUUAAUAUAGCUGCACGUCACGGUUACCUUGAAGUUGUAGAGCUUCUAUUAAAAUAUAACUGUAAAAUAGAUCAUGCAGAUGUUGAAGGAUGGACUGCUUUAAGAGCUGCUGCAUGGGGUGGUCACUCACAAGUGGUGGAGUUAUUACUUAAACACGGAGCCAAUGUAGAAUGCUCUGAUUGUGAAGGGCGUGGAGCAUUACGUGCUGCAGCUUGGGGAGGUCACAAUGAUGUUGUGAUUAAAUUACUAGAAGCCGGCGCAAACCCUAAUACUACUGAUGGUGAUGGUAGAACUCCAUUGAUUGCUGCAGCGUAUAUGGGCCAUGCGCAUAUUGUAGGAAGAUUGCUGGAAACUGGGGCAGAUAUUAAUCAUCAAGAUAGUGAUGGCCGAACUGCUUUGAGUGUUGCGGCUUUAUGUGCACCUACUAAUGGAGGAUAUGCCAAGGUUGUCACUUUAUUGUUGGAAUCUGGAGCUUUUGUUGAUCACGAAGAUAAAGAUGGAAUGACACCUUUACUUGUUGCAGCAUUUGAAGGCCAUAGAGAUGUUUGCGAGAUUUUAUUAGAAGCAGAGGCUGAUGUAGACCAUUGUGAUAAGUUAGGUAGAACACCUUUAUGGGCUGCUGCAUCAAUGGGACAUCCUGCUUGUGUUUCACUUUUGUUAUUUUGGGGUUGUUAUGUAGACAGCAUAGACAAUGAAGGUCGUACUGUGCUCAGUGUGUCUGCAGCUCAAGGGAAUAAUGUUGUAGUGUCUCAGCUACUAGAUAGAGGUCUUGAUGAACAACAUAGAGAUAAUUCUGGUUGGACACCAUUACAUUAUGCUGCAUUUGAAGGUCAUCAGGUUGUUUGCAGAACAUUGUUGGAGAGUGGAGCAAAAAUUGAUCAAACUGAUAAUGAUGGUAAACCACCAUUAAUGUUGGCAGCAGAAGAAGGGCAUUCGGAUUUAGUAAGUGAAUUUUUAAAAAACUAUGGAGCCCCUCCAGAUCAGAAAGCUCAUGAUGGAAGAACUGCUUUAAGAUUAGCUGCAUUAGAAGGUCAUAUUGAAGUAGUUAGGAGUCUUGUAGAAUAUGGAGUUGACGUUAACAAAAAAGAUGCUGAUGGUCGAAGUACACUUUAUGUCCUUGCUCUUGAAAAUCAUAUAGCAAUGGCCAAAUUUUUUAUUGACCCAGGUGGAGCAGAUGUUGAAAGCACAGAUUCUGAAGGCCGUACUGCUUUACAUGUUAGUUGUUGGCAAGGUCACUGUGAAAUGGUAUCCUUAUUGUUAAAACUCGGAAAAGCUAAUUUAAAUGCAACUGAUAAUGAAAAUAGAACACCUCUUCACUUGGCCGCAUGGCAAGGACAUUCUGUCAUCGUCCGAUUAUUAAUUGAACAUGGUGCUAGUGUUAAUCAUGCGUGCAAUCAAGGAGCAACAGCUUUGGGCAUAGCUUCUCAAGAAGGUAAUGAGACUUGUGUUCGAUUAUUGUUAAUGCAAGGUGCAAAUCCAUUAGUAUCUGACCAUUGUGGACGAAAUGCCAUAAAAAUUGCUGCUAAAAGUGGUCAUGACAAUAUUGUUAAGCUACUUGAACAAUUUUGUCCUAUAAAAAACGAAAGUAACGGAUUUAAUACAGCUAAUACUUCUUGUGGUUCUGGUUCAACAACUGAAACUAAACCAUCCUCAGCUAUAUUAGUUAAUCCAUUAUUAUCUUGCACCAAUCAUGCUCCAAUUCAUGAUUCAUCACCAAUUGAAUCACCAGAUUCAACAGCUAAACGAACAUCGUUUGUUUCAAACUAUAGUAAAUCCAGUUCUAAUUUGACUGAUAGUACUAAAAGUUCUCACCAAGAUUUACCAACACAAUUGACACCAUUAACGUUUACACAAAAAUUACAACAAUGUAGUCGACGUAUCAAGUCGAGACCUACUUCUAAAGUUCUAAGUCCGCUGCAGAGUCCUAUAUAUGCAACACCGCCUCACAGCCCCAAUUCAGAAGAACCAUCAGCUCCAAGUAUUCAAGUAUUGACAGAUGAUCAUUUUUCACGUGACACUCACAUGCGAAUUAUUCUUGGUAACAAGGCUGUGUUAAAAAAAUCCACUUCUGAUUCAAAUUAUAACAAGAAUUUAGGAAACGUUAAGCAAAAACGUAAUGGAAUUGUUACAAACCCAGCAUUAAGAAUAAUGCCAGCUAUUCGUAAUGGUCUAGAAAUGGCUGCUGGACGUAAAAAUAAAACACCUCAUUUGCCCACAGAUAGUUUUAAAUGGCGAAAAGAAACGCCUUUGUAAAUAUAUAUUCUAUAAACCCAAGUGAGUUUUUAUUAAAGAUUAUUUAUUCAUUUUUUUUGUAAAAAUGAUUUAAGAGGUUGCCAUUAUGUUUUAAUUUCUAUGUAUGGAUUGAAAACUAACCCAGUAAUAAAGUUAGAAAUUACCAAUCAUCCUCUAGGCCUAAAUCAAUAAAAUAAAUGUACUAAGUAAUAAUUUAUACUUUAGAUUUAUAGAAAUUAUGUACAUUUUGUAUCAAGUUGAUCUAAUUUUGAUGAAAUAUAUUUUUUUAUAUCUUUCCUUCGUGCUCUUAAGUAUUUGUGGCCAAUAAAAUAUUAUUAUUAUCUUUUAAACAUGGUGUGUCACAAAAACUAAGUAUUUAUCAAAUUCAUCCAUUUUGUAAUAGAAUUAUUAUUUUGGUUGUACAGAGUAAUUUUAUAACUUGACAUUAGAAAGAAAAAACGGAUUAAUUUGUGUAUACUUAGUUGUAAGUAUGGUUUAAGAAUAGUUUAAUUCAUAGUGCAAUCUAAUUUUAGUAUGAGAUAAUGUUUCUCAAUGUUAGAAACUGAAGUAAAUUUAAACAUCGCUAAUCAUCCCAUAUACUUAUUUUAUAACGGCAUUUGUACCGUUUACUUAUAGUUAAAAACGAUAGAGAUUGUGAUAGAACCGUAGAAGUGAGCAUUUAUAAACUACUGAUGUAUUAAUUUUAAAGAAUACUCUUUAAAUCGUAUUGAUUCAAACACUUGUAAUUACUUAAAAUCCAUUCUAAAGUUUGCAUUUAAAAUAAACCAAUUCUGUAUGUGUACACGUAAUGUACUUCAAUUAAAAACAACAUAUUCAUCAAGUUUUUUUCAAUUUAUUAAGAGGAUGUCAGCACACCAUUUGUUUUCUAUUACUGACCCACGCUCUACAUCAGGGGUCUUUGACCUACCCGCCAAGGGCUUUUUACUGGCUCUCCAAGCUAAUUAAUGUUUUGAUUAUUUUCAUUUGGUUGUCAUUGUUUUUAAUUUAUUGAAUUAAUUGAAUUAAAUUAAUUUAUUUGUUUUUUUCUUUUGGUGUUAUUCGUAACAGCUUAUAAUAGUAAUUUAUACAUAUAUUACACUAAUUACUAACGCUAACUAAUAGUAGAAAAACUCAUUAUACAAUAAAAACAAACAUUAAUUUUUUUAAAUAAAUCUUAUUUAUUCUUCAAUUUCUUAACCAAUCUAUUCCUCUAAAAAUGUUGGCCCGCAAGUCUAAAGCGUAUCUCAAUUUUGGCCCGCCGUAAAAAAAAGGUUGGAGACCCCUGUUCUGUAUAGCAAAUUUAGCAGAACCAACCCUUUGUUAUUUUAAUAGUAAAGUGAACUCACCUAUUAUCAAACUAAGUUAAGAACAUUACUUGUAUCGCUAAAUUGGCUUUUUCAUGAUAUUUACAUUUUUAUGCAAUUUAUAAGCAUUUUUAAAUUUGAAUAUUUAACAUCCUCUUAACUUAUAUAAAAAUUUAAAUAACCAACGGAGCGACACAGGUUUUGUUACUAACUAAAAGUUACAACAUAGGAUUAGUUCUGCUAUUGUAUUACAAUAGUACAUAAUUUUAGAAUUUACCAAACUAUAAUUUACAUUAAAUGUAAAUUAAAAGCUAUUUUCUUUUGAUGCUUAAAUUUUUUACAAUAAUUAUUUCUGAUGAGCCAUCAAUUAAGAGUUUGUCCGUCACAAAUACACAUGGUUAUUAAUAGAAAAUAUAUAAUUUUGCAUCUUUUCUUACUCAUAGUUAUUAUUUUAACACAUCAUAUCUAUCGCAACAUUCGUAUUUAACGUCAGUAAACGAAACUACCUCAAGAAUGUUCAUGACAAUAGUUCAAAAUGCAUACAAUUUUCUGCAUAACAUACCACCAUACUAUACAAAUGCCUAUGUCACGUGUCUGCAUAUUUGUGAUAAAUUAAACAAUAUAAAUUGUAUUUAUGAUUAAAAUAUCUCUGGACUUUUUAAGAAAUUCCUAUUUUUUUACAACCUUAAUUUUAGAAAGAUUUAUUAUAAUAUACCACCAUUACUACUAAUACCCACAGUGUUCGGCAUAGUGUGUGUUCCUUACUACUUUUGGAUUGUCCGAUGAACAGAUUUUUAUUUUCUUUGUUGUCGACGGUUUUUUUUUUUUUAUGUAGAUCUAUGGAAGUAUUGUUUGUAUUAUGUUAGGUCAGUACAAGUAUUGCGUGCAUGUGCAAAAAACGUGUUGCCUAAACUUCUAUUAUUCGUUAUGUUGAAGAAUUUGUUUUUCUAACAAUUUCAACAACCAGUUUUUUUUUUUAUUCCAAUUGCAAUAAAGUUUUUGGGGCUUGGUAAUUAUCAUUCUUUACCAUAUUGAUAUAACUAUAUUCAAAGCCCCUUUUUAUAAACUAGUAUGUAGAAAAACGAGUUGGUAUUAUAUUUAUUUUAUGACUCCUUAUUAGUUUUAUUUUACAUUUUAAUGUUUAAUGUCUACUUACUGUUUGUAUACGAUAAUAAUAAAUUUGCACUUGUGUACUAACAAAUUACUUGUCUGUAUCAAAUUUUUUUUUUUACUGUAUAACUGAAGCUUAUUACAAAAUAUAAUACUUAUGCCCGGUUGCAUGAACAAUCACUUAACAUUUAACGAAUCAAUUGUGAGCUAAAGGUCCCUUAAACAUGAUUGGUCCAUUACAUUUUAUUGAACUAUUAAAUUAAUAAAUCCUUCAUGCAACCUGGUAUCAAUGUAUUUAUUUUUUAAAUACCUACUAGUUAAAUAAACCUAAUAACUAAUAAUACAUCACGAUUAGUCCUUAUUUAUUUAAACUAUUUUGUAAUACGAAUAAAUCUUUCUAGUCCUCUUUUUUUAUCUACAUUAUUAUACUAUAAAUAAUGUACCUAAUAAACUUAUAACUAUUUUUUCCUUUUUUUUUUUUCGUAACUAAACUCCGUACGAAACAUUAACUUUUUUUAAACUACUUUAAGUUUCUAGUCAAUAAAUUUGUUAGUACAAUUUUUAAUGUCGUUUCUUAUGUUUGAUAAUAUUGUACAAGCAAAGCUCAACGGCCGAUAUUUAUUAUUUUUUUGGUACUUAGUUUUGUAUAAUUCUAAUGUGAAGUAGACUGAUAGAAUUUUUUUUAGUAAAGCUUGAAUUAUAUUAAAUUAAAUAAAUGGAAAUAUAUUUUAAAAA